CUCACCGGUUUCAGAGCGAACGAGCGGACCUGCCUUCCUCUCUGGAGUGGAGAAUUGUCAAUUUAACAUCCUCUGCGUCCGUUUAUUUUUGUAGACUUCUUUAAUCAACUAACUUUUAUUCGGGCAUACUAUCAUAAAUCAUGGCUGCCUAUAAAUUAGUGUUGAUCCGCCACGGAGAGAGCAACUGGAACCAGGAGAAUCGGUUCUGCGGCUGGUUCGAUGCAGAUUUGAGUGAAACUGGUGUAAAGGAGGCGACGAGAGGUGGACAGGCCCUGAAAGAUGCCGGCUUUGAGUUUGACAUUUGCUACACGUCCGUUCUGAAACGGGCCACCAGGACGCUGUGGCUGGUCCUUGACAGCAUUGACCAGAUGUGGGUGCCAGUGCAUCGGACAUGGCGGCUCAAUGAGCGCCACUACGGAGGCCUGACAGGGCUAAACAAGGCAGAGACAGCUGCCAAGCAUGGAGAGGCCCAGGUGAAAGUCUGGAGGCGCUCGUUUGAUAUCCCACCUCCCACCAUGGGCCCAGACCAUGACUACUACAGUAUCAUCAGCAAGGAUCGUCGCUAUGCAGAUCUGACUGAAGACCAGCUUCCUUCCUGCGAGAGCCUUAAGGACACCAUUGCCCGGGCGCUGCCCUUCUGGAACGAGGAGAUCGCCCCUCAGAUCAAACAGGGAAAGAGGGUGCUCAUCGCUGCCCAUGGAAACAGUCUGAGAGGAAUCGUUAAGCACCUGGAGGGAAUGUCUGAUGAAGCCAUCAUGGAGCUGAACCUGCCAACAGGCAUCCCCAUCCUCUACGAGCUCGACAAGAACCUGAAGCCUGUGAAGCCGAUGCAGUUCCUGGGAGACGAGGAGACCGUACGCAAAGCCAUGGAGGCUGUGGCUGCUCAAGGAAAGGCCAAAAAGUAAAGACAGAGAAUAGUGCCCUCUGUGUAUGACGGAGUCACCUCAGAUUAGUGUUUUUCCUAAAUCCUAAUUUAUUUUGGAUUGUAAUACAUGAUGAGUACAUUGUAGAUUGAUGUCGGAGGCAAACUCAUUCUAACUGCACAUUGCAGGGAUAGUAGAUGGUGAACGACAGGGAAACAUUAGGGCCGGGGGAGCCACAGCUCUCAAGAGAUUGUAGAUAAUUUUUGUUAAAAUGGGUUAUUAAUGUGACAAAGUUUAAGAAGGUAGCAUUAAACUGAAAUGGAAGAAAUUGCUGAUUCAGGCAGAUUCUUAUCUUUGUGCUUGGAUAUUUAAGUAAUAGACAUUUUAAUAAUUCAAACACUGCCAUUUACAACAGAUAGUUUUAAUAUUUUUUUAGAAAGAUAAAAAGCAUUUAACUUCCGUGACAUAGGCAGAGAUGUUGAAUGUCAAUUAAGAUAUACUUUAUAAGACUUUUUUUAUUUAAUGAAAGCGACCACUUCUCAUUGAUGCAUUCCAUUUAUAACGGGAUGUAAGAUUGCAAUCUCUUGUGAGCUGGAUGGGACAGCAAGGACCACUAAACAUCCUUUACUUAUAUUGUCCGUCUGUGAAUGGUAUUUGUGCUGUGUCCUUGUAUGUUGUUGCUGUCUGUCUUCAGUCUGACAACUUUCAUUAAGUUUAGUUAAAUUUUAACGGUGCCAAACACUGCAUUUCUAUCAGUAUUGCACUGUAUACAUGAUAAAUCCAUUAUUUGGAUUAUAGCCUCCCACAGUUUCACAGUAUUAUUGUGAAGCAUGAUUUUCAGAAGAUAAAAGGUCUAAAUUAUAUUAUUUUUUUGGUCUGUCUUUGCCUCUUUGCCUGUCAUGGUGUUUAUGUGCCUCUAGCUCCCGUUCCUACAAUAAAUGCCUACAGCUGUCCUCACUGUCUAAUGAGGAAGCAGUGUUGGUUUUAAGAAAACUGCUUGCAAGGAUUUUGUUGAAAUGUUCCACUAUGACUUACAGUAUUGCCCUUUUUCUUUUUUAAAUGUGAUCCCCACCGUGUUGUUUAAUGUACCCCGAAAGCUCUGAUGGUAAUAAGUAAAAAAUAAAAAAACACAUCUAAUGCUG